AAUUAGAAUUGGGUAAGAAAGUUAGUUUGGUGUAUUACCACAAAAAUGGGGUUCAAAUAGCUACCUCCGUCCAAAACGAAAUCACAUUCAUUCAUCAUCGUGAAAAUCGAAAUAACGAAAAAAGAGUAACAACGGUUAGAGGAUUAAGUACCGUCGUGUCCUCACACCGUCCUCUCUCCGUUACUCCUCCGUUAACCAAAUGGUAUGCAUGGCUCCAACUCCAACCAUCUCCUCCCUUAUCUCAUCUUCUCAAUCUCACCGUUACCGUUACCGUUUCCGUUUCCCUUCUACUAACGACGUUAACUCCAUUCUUCUACCCAAGCGCACUCAAUUCAGUUACACACCACACGUUCAACAACACUCCACAUCUCCUCCUCCUUCUUCUUCUCCUCCUCCGCCGCCGGAAAAGAAAUCCUUCGCCGUCGUAACCGGUGAACUUUUCUUAGGCAUUGCUUCGCGCCUAAUUAAAAGCAAUUCUCCCGCCUCCGAUUCGGAUCCUGUUUCAAUGUUCGAGAAUUCGAAUUCGAGUUCGACUGUAAUUUUCAAUGAGAAGGAGAGAAUUGGAGCUGUUAUGGAAGAUGAGAUUCAACCUGAUGUGAUUUGGGAGCAGAGAGUGAAAGAUGUUGAAGCGGAACGUAAUCGGCGAGUUGUAACUACUCCGGGAUUUAGCUUCUCCGCCGCGGGUCUACUCUUUCCUUAUCAUCUCGGAGUCGCUCAUUUUCUCAUUCAGAAUGGUUACAUUAAGGAAACCACACCGUUAGCUGGUUCUUCUGCUGGAGCUAUAGUCUGUGCUGUGAUUGCUUCUGGAGCUAGUAUGGAAGAAGCCUUGAGUGCUACUAAAAUAUUGGCUGAAGAUUGUCGGAAUCGGGGGACUGCAUUUAGGCUGGGGGCUGUUCUGCGUGAUAUUCUUCAGAAGUUUUUGCCAGAUGAUAUUCAUAUAAGAUCUAAUGGGAGAGUUCGAGUUGCUGUGACACAGCUUCUUUGGAGACCCAGGGGUUUGUUGGUUGAUCAAUUUGAUUCCAAGGAAGAUCUCAUCAAUGCAGUUUUUACUUCUUCCUUUAUUCCAGGAUAUCUUGCACCAAAGCCAGCAACGAUGUUUCGAAAUCGAUUAUGCAUUGAUGGGGGGUUGACAUUGUUUAUGCCACCGACAUCCGCAUCACAGACGGUACGUGUUUGUGCUUUUCCAGCAAAUCGUAUAGGAUUGCAAGGGAUAGGAAUAAGUCCAGACUGUAAUCCCGAGAAUGCAUCUACACCCCGUCAGCUUUUGAAUUGGGCACUUGAGCCUGCAGAAGAUGUAAUUCUUGACCGACUCUUUGAGCUUGGAUAUCUUGAUGCUGCUGUCUGGGCAAAGGAAAACCCAGUUGAAACAAUAGUUCAAGAUGAUACUCCUGCUCCUGCAUUCGGAAAUAGCAUUGUAUAACAGUGCAUUAUGGAUUGAAGAUGCACGAGGAAACGACAAAUUGAAUUCAAUUAUGCUACCCUUGAAAUGGACAUCACAUUAGCAAAAAACCAUGGGGGGGAGGUCUGCAGUUCAUUACUUCUAAGGGUAUAAAUCUCAUUUGUUUCAUAUAUUUAUUGUAUAUUGCGAUUGAAUUCAUGCCUUGGAUGAGAAGAGGGGUGAAAAAAGAAAAAGAAAGUAGAGACAUUUUAUUUAAAUUUACAAAAUAGGGUUGUCAUGUAGUUUGAAAUAGAUUUAUUGUUGAUUACAGAAAACUAGAAUUUUUAAUCAGUUUCCCUAUGAAAGUUAUGGCACCUGAAUUUUCUCUGAAGUCUGAAAUGAUGUCCUAUGAUAUUCAGAAGCUAAUUGAAGUUUUAUUUAUUAAGGGCACAAAUUGUACUUGGAGACAAAUUAAGGGGACAUCUGGAAUAGUUAGUUUAUUUAUAUAA